AUGCUUUUAUCACUAGCGGACUUUAUUGGUGUAUCGAAAGCUUCAGCCAGCCGAAUUGUGCAUCAUGUAUCUCGGGCUAUAGCUGGCUUAUACCCUCAAUAUGUGAAGACAUUAAGCAAUACCCAGAAUGCCUUUCAUGAAAUCGCAGGAUUUCCAAGAAUUCUUGGCGCAAUUGACUGCACGCAUGUUCCCAUACAGUCACCUGAUUCAAAUAUAGGAGAAGAAUUCAGAAAUAGAAAAGGCAUAUUUUCAAUGAAUGUCCAAGGAGUCUGUAAUGCAGACUUGUUAUUUAUGAAUGUUGUUGCCCGUAGGCCUGGGUCUGCUCAUGAUGCUACUAUAUUUAACAACUCUACGCUAAAAAGUAAUGCAAUGUGA